AUGUUUCGUUGUCUUCUAAAAAAGUUCUUUCUAUUAAAUAUAACUUUUAUUUAUUUAUUAUUUAUCAAGACUACUUUUGGAGGUGUUAUUGAAGGAAAUAUUUCUAAACGGAGUGCUAAAAUGGCAUUUUCACAAUCAUCAAAUACAGAGGAUAAUGGUUUCCAAGAAUUUUUUGAAAAUUUAAAUCCUAUAUACCUUGUAAUAAUUGGUGCCUUCAUUUUGGCUGGUUGUGUCUUUGAAUUAAUUCAUGGUACCCGUGCUACACCCCCAAGAACAAAUUGGGUUCAUGUUGCCAGUAAAAAACAACCAUAUUCUGUCAAUUCAAUAAAAAAAGUUUAA